AAAGCACUUCCUCCUUCUUAGCGCAAAGCAGUCCGUGUGAUAGGAAGUCGGGUAGUCGUGGCAAUGGGGCUUGAGCGGCGUGUCGGUGGCUGUUCCCACUGACUUCUCUCGGGACUUCAGGCGGCCAGUUGCAGUGCGUAAAGCGGUGGCCGCGCAGCCCUUUCUGCCCCGAUGGCCGCGACGUAGCGCAACUUGUGGAUCCGCGGCGGAUGAACGACAGCGCUCCGAGGAGCCGCUAACUUUCCCCGUUUUACUGGAGAGCCGCAGAGCAGCAGAGACAACAUGUUGAAACAGUUCAAUCGCAUGAAGCAGCUCGCCAACCAGACUGUUGGGAGGGCAGAGAAAACUGAGGUGCUGAGUGAUGACCUCCUACAGAUCGAGAGGCGAUUGGAGUUGGUGCGCGUGGUGUCGCACAACACACACAAGAGGCUGGUGUCCUGUCUGCAGGGUCAACUGGGCACGGACACAGAGAAGAGACACAAAAGGUUGCCGCUGACGACGCUGUCCCAGGCCAUGCAGGAGGGAGGCAGUCAGCUGGGAGACGAGAGUCUGAUUGGCAAGAUGAUGGAUGUGUGUGGGGAGGCUGAGAGCAGGUUAGCUGCUGAACUGAUGCAGCAUGAAUACCAGAUUGAAAGAGACAUCCUGGAUCCUCUCAACCAGCUGGCUGAGAUUGAGAUUCCCAAUAUACUAAAACAGAGAAAACAACUCGCCAAGCUGGUUCUGGACUAUGACUCGGCCAAGACGAGGUGGUACCAGGCGACAAAGUCCAACAACCAGGCUAUGGCAGCGAAGGCCGAUUCCCUCAAAGACGAGAUGGACGAGGCUGUCAACAAAGUAGAAAUAUGCAAGGACCAGCUCUCUGCAGACUUGUACAACUUUGCCUCCAAAGAGGGAGAUUAUGCACACUGUUAUGUCUCAUUAUUAGAGGCUCAGGCAGAUUACCACAGGAAGUCUCUGGCAGCUCUGGAGGCAACUAUACCGACGAUCCGAAUACAGCAAGACUCCUGGAUGGAGAAGCCGGCGUUCGGCACGGCUCUGGAGGAGCACCUGAAGAGGAGUAACCGCGAGAUCGCUCUGCCCAUGGAGGCCUGUGUCAUGAUGCUGCUGGAGACCGGCAUGAAGGAGGAGGGUCUCUUCAGAAUAGCUGCCGGAGCUUCAAAGCUGAGGAAGCUAAAAGCAGCGCUGGACUGCUCCACCUCUCAGCUGGAGGAGUUCUACUCCGAUCCCCAUGCUGUCGCCGGAGCCCUGAAGUCCUAUCUCAGGGAACUGCCUGAACCUCUCAUGACUUUUGGCCUGUAUGACGAGUGGACACAGGCCUCCAAUGUGUCUGACCCUGACAAGAGGCUUCAGGCCUUGUGGGUGACAUGUGACCGUUUGCCAAAAACUCACAAGGCAAACCUCAGGUAUCUGGUGAAGUUUCUGGCUAAACUGGCUCAGGACAGUGACGUUAAUAAGAUGACUCCCAGCAACAUCUCCAUAGUCCUCGGGCCCAACCUGCUCUGGCCAAAGAUGGAGGGGACGCUGGCGGAGAUGGCAGCAGCCACAUCUCUCCAUGUGAUCGCCAUCAUUGAUCCCAUUAUCCAGCAUGCGGAUUGGUUCUUCCCUGAAGAGGUGGACUUCAACGUGUCGGGCAUGUUCGCCAUGCCCACCCACCCGGCCACCCCGACCCACCCGGCCACCCCGGACCUCGAGCACGGCGUGGAAAGGAAACGCCCCGGCAGCCUGGCGGGGCAGGACGGGGACAGUCACACCCCCCGUAAAGACAGCACUGUUAACAAACAGCCGGAGCCCGCUCCACGUAGAGCCAACACAGUAAAUAGAAAGCAGCCACAGCUAACCUCACCCACCUUCCAACCCCCAAUGCCCCCUCUGGAAGCCGGGGGUCCUGCCCGGCCUGAGCCCCAGCUUCUUUCCCCGGCUACAGAGGCUGAGCAGCCUGGCCUGAGUGGUGCUUGUAUUGGUGGUGGUGUUGUUGGCGUUCUGGGUGGUGGGGUCCAGGUAACGACGGUACAACCUCAGGUUGUAACCCAGCUCAGCGCAGAGGAGAGCAGCCCAGCCCGUGAACUCAUGUCCACCCCCCCACCCCAGAGAAAUGGUUCAGCCCAUCUUACAGUAGGAACCCCCCACUCUCAGGGAGGAUCCAGGGCGCCAAGUCCACACAUGGUUCGCAGAGGCACCAAGAAGCAGGCUCCAGCCCCACCCAAACAGUACAGCCCCUUUGCCUCCCACACCAGUAGCACUCCGCCACCCGGCUCCCCUCAUCAUCCACCCAUCACCCCUCGACGCCACCCCGGCAAAGAUGGCCCAAUCCAUGCUCCGAGCCACCCGCCCCCACAGCCGCCUCAAGCUCACCAGGCCCAGGGGGAGUCGGAGCCCUCUCCCCCCAGCACUCCCACUCCUCCUGACACUCCACCUCACGAUGGGCCGCACGCCCACCCGCUGUCUUUCUACCACUCUGGAUCUCUCCCCCGUCCCUCCAGGCCGGCCCCCAAGCCACGGCCCCGACCCAGCAUGCCGCCGCCCCCCCAACCCGCAGUAAAUGACAACGAUGAUGGCAUCUGCGGCUCCGCUUCCAAGAUCAUAACAGAUGGAGGCCUCUUCCUAAAGGAGAUUGGACGAGCCCUCAUCCCUGAGGUGAUUGCGGACCAACAAGGGGAGAGCUCUGCUGGUCACGAGCCCGCCGCCACCCCGGCUUCGCAAAUAGACCCUCAGACGGAGUUCACCGCUCUGUAAAGAAUAGAAGGAUCAUCCAAAUCCUCCAUCGCUCAGCCAGUCCAUGUGACAGAUUUUGAAUCGAAUAUCUCAAACGCAUCGGUUCAUUCCUGCUCCUCACGCUCCAGUCACAUGAUACCAGACUGCCUUCUGGGGGAAACAGCUGCCUUUUCUCCUGAUUUGCUGAGAAUUACCUCAGAAAAACCUAAGAAUUCCUGUCCAGCUAUUGGACUUCAUAUCAAACUCCAUUUGGUCUAUUGCACAUGGUAUUUUAGGAUUGGACUGCAGAGCCUUGUUAGCCUCGAAGCUAAUGAGACUUAAAUAUAUCCUGAACACAUAGUAGCUGAACUCAAAAGGUGCUAAGUGUUCACUUGUGUAUUCUAAUGUUUUUUCAUCUAGCUAUUGAAAACACAAGUUCAAUGCUAUGAAUGUGUUUGGAGACAGAAAUCUGUGAAUCUUGUUUUAACGGCACAUAAACCCGGCAACUAGUAUUUUUUUGAUGAAGUUGUGUAGUGUGGCGAUAUUUGAGUGCAAGUCAGCCUGGUGAUAUAUUCAUUAAUUUUCCCAUUUGUUGGUUUCAAGUGGCAGAAUUUGAUCAUCUUAAAAGGGCUUUUCCAUAAUUGUCACACUUCACAGUACAUACAAAUGUAAAGACCAAAGAAAGGGAUGUGGGCCAAAGGCAAUGUAAUGAGGAUGUAGAGCUGUGCAGCUUCUUUUAUGGUUCUUCAUGGCCAAAUAGUUUUAGCAAUAUGAAAUGCCGUUGUCUUCCAGUGGUGUCCUCUCCACAGUACACAUGCUGUACGUUUUGGCGUUUCACUUUUCCUUCCAUUUAAUCCAGUGGGGUAGAAUUUUAUUGUGAUUUCAUUUGAUUCCAAAUGGCCUGAUUUGACGAGCUCAGAAUGGCUUUAAAAGGGAUUAAUUAUUAAUUAGUGUUAAUUGUAUCUUUUUAAUACAUGGCAUGUAAUCAAUCACUCCCACUGAAUCUCAAAGCUAUGACCAAGUACAGCCAAAUUCUUCUUUGUGUAUAAUAUUUCCCACGGCUGACAAUCUUUUCCUUAUUGGGGUGGCCUUCAGCUCUUUGAUUAUUUUUUAAAUUUCUUCUCGGCUUUUUAUGUUGGUUUUUGUGCACAUAAUGCAUUCUACAUUGCAUCGUUACUCUUGAUAAUUAAAGAUUGCUCAACAUUUUA